ACAGUGCAGCGUUCGGACGCGGUGGGGCGCUCCGCAGCGGGCUCGCCGAGGGAGGUGAGCCGUGCCCCGUGUACCAGCGGCUUGCUGAGCUCGUCCACCUUCCCCGAGAGCGUCUGCGCCUCCGCACACCGCGAGGGCGCCGACGGGAGGUACGGCCACGGCCGGGCCGAGCGGCAAAGCGCCGAUAAAGUGAAGAAAGUCCUGGUCAAGAAGGUGAAGCAGAAGCAGAAGGCCAAGAGGCAGGAAACAGACAUCCUCAGCCCGGCUGCCAUGCUGAACCUCUACUACAUCGCCCACAAUGUCGCCGACUGCCUGUACUUCCGAGGCUUCAACUGGCCAGGCGCGCCCAAAGGGAAAAAGGGGAAAGGCAAGUUCUAAGUGACAGAACUCAACGCGUGUGUCCUGGUUUCGAAGAACAGGAAGUGGGAGAGCUCCCCCAGGGUAACUCGAUGGCUGCGGGUGAACUGGCCCCAAGACAACUCUGUGCUCUCCUAUGGCUGAGAACGACACAAAAGCCUGUUUGACACAGCUAAGCCAGGCACUAGGUAAGCCAUUUUGGCUUUUCAGAAGUAAUCAGGAAAAACAGUGGUUCUUAAGACUGCGCUGACACCAGUACGGAUUUUUUAAUUAUGCUCUAGUCCUUAAUUAAACCUUGUUCUAGAAAGCAUCCAGGUCGCAUGGGUCGUGUUUGGGAGAGGGAGGCUCAGAAGCAGACGUCGAGCGCGGGCCUUGCUGGUGAGUGCCUUCCUCCGGCGCUCUUCUGCCGUGGUUUGGUUUGGAUAUUGUUUUGUUGUUGUUUGGUUUUGUUUUUCAGUGCUGGAGAUAAGCCUGGGGCCUUCUCUCUCUCUUUUUAACAAAAUGGAAAAUAAAUAAUUUGUUUUUAAAUGUU